GGUUGAAAGGUGGUAGCCCAGGCUGGCCUGUAAUCGGGGCCAACUUCCUGGAGGAGGUGGCACAGGCUGAGUGUGAAGGAUGAAAAUGGGACUGGACAGCAGGGGUGCUCAGGAUCCAGGCCAGAUGCAGGAGGGGAUGGAGCACACAGGUGUGAGCUGUUCAUUAUCCCCCACCCAUGGGGACACCCUGGAAGGGUCAUGAAAAAGUCCCCAGUGUGUUGCUUCCUUUGAAGGAAACGAGUAGACUGAGCAAAAAACAGCUGAGCAUCCACCAGGUGACUCAUGGCCCACCACCUCUCCCUAAACCCUGGAGAAGGAUCAUUUCACAAAUAUUAAUGGAGCACUUGCAGUGCACCAGACGCUAUCCUAGCCACUGGAGAUACAGCGGUGAACAAACCAGACAUACGGACCUCUCGGGGCUGAGGUUCUGGCUGAAUUCUGCUGAACUUGUAAUGUGCCCUGUCGGGAGGUGGUGGUGGCCCCCAGCCCGCAGGCCUUUACUCCCCGCGGGGAUGGGAAGGUCUCAAGGCAGCAGUAAGAGUCUGUUCGAUCUCAGAACCCCCUUUUGGUGCCUUGCUCUACGUGAGGCCACAGGCAGCACUCGCUCUGGCUGGAGGAGUCAGGCACCUGAGGGUACCCGCCUGGCACUUAGCAGUCUUGCUAUAGCCAGACGCUAAACACAGGACUUGGCAUGCAAUAGUUGCCCUAUAAAUAGUGGCACCUUUGUGGUUCCGAGGGUGCGGCUAACUGUCCAGGUUUGGCGGGAAAGGUGGAGUAGGACCCGGCGCCUGGAUGGCGGGUCCCAGGAGCCAGCGAAGUUGAUGUGCGCACGCUCCUCCUUCCGGGAGAGGUCCCACCCCUGGGGCCCUGGCCUCGCCCCCUGCGCCCUUUCCGGCCCCGCCUCUGGUGCGCGCGGCCAGCUGAGCCCCGGGAGCGGCGGUGAUCGCGGCUGCAACAGCAUGACUUUGGAGGCGAUCCGCUACUCGCGGGGCUCACUACAGAUUCUCGACCAGCUACUGCUGCCCCAGCAGAGCCGCUAUGAGGCGGUGGGCUCGGUGCGCCAGGCCUGGGAGGCCAUCCGCGCUAUGAAGGUGCGCGGCGCCCCAGCCAUUGCGCUCGUGGGCUGCCUCAGCCUCGCCGUGGAGCUGCAGGCGGGCGCCGGGGGACCCGGACUUGCCGCGCUCGUGGCCUUCGUGUGCGACGCGCUGAGUUUCCUUGUCACCGCCCGGCCCACCGCCGUCAACAUGGCCCGCGCCGCCCGAGACCUGGCCGACCUCGCAGCCCAGGAAGCGGAGCGGGAGGGCGCCACGGAGGAGGCGGUCCGAGAGAGAGCCCCUUGUCGGCCCCAGAGUGAUCCGCUGGACCGAGGACAUGCUGGCAAAAGACCUCCGGGACAAUCGGAGCAUCGGGGACCUGGGAGCCCACCACCUCCUAGAGCGGGCAGCACCCCAGGGCGGCAAGGUGAUCGUGCUGACCCACUGCAACACUGGUGCACUGGCCACUGCUGGCUAUGGCACAGCCCUAGAGAGAACAGCCACUGCAAGGGCCCGGGAGUGGGACUGCAUGCUUCGGAGAACCACGCUGCUAACCAGUGGGCUGCCCUGCCCAUCUGUCCCUUUGCAUCUCAUCCUCCUGGUGGGCUGGGCCCCACAGGUGUGAUCCGCUCGCUGCACAGCCUGGGCCGUCUGGAGUAUGCCUUCUGCACGGAGACCCGGCCCUACAACCAGGGAGCCCGGCUGACGGCCUUUGAGUUCGUCUACGAGCAGAUCCCCGCCACCCUCAUCGCCGACAGCAUGGCGGCAGCUGCCAUGGCCCACUAUGGAGUGUCAGCUGUCGUCGUGGGAGCUGACCGCGUGGUUGCCAAUGGCGACACGGCCAACAAGGUGGGCACCUACCAGCUAGCCAUCGCCGCCAAGCACCACGGCAUCCCCUUCUAUGUGGCUGCCCCCAGCUCCUCGUGUGACCUCCACCUGAAGACGGGCCGCGAGAUCAUCAUCGAGGAGCGUCCUGGCCAGGAGCUGACCCACGUCAAUGGGGUCAGGAUUGCGGCACCCGGAAUUGGGGUUUGGAAUCCUGCCUUUGAUGUCACCCCCCACGACCUCAUCACUGGCGGCAUCAUCACAGAGCUGGGUGUCUUUGCCCCUGAGGAGCUCCGGGCAGCCCUAGGUGCCACGGUCGCCCUAGAUGGACCCCAGAAGUAACCAACCUAGCUGUCCAUAUCCUGCCCCCAUUAUUUUUAUAAUAAACUUAUUGAAUGGCC